UCACUGUAACAUUUAAAAGCCGCUGUGCGGGACCUGUGUUUAUCUGUUAUAAACAGGGGCUGGAGCGAAAAAACAAAUCAUAUAUUACGAAACCUUCACUUGUACUUCUUAAAAUUGUUUCUUUAUGUAGCAUCAGCUAACAGCGGCUCAGCUGCUUUGCUAGCACGACUUUCGAUUUAUAAAUUAACAAUUUGGUCAAAAGCAAUGCGAAAAGGCAACGUUUUACUUUGCACUGACAGCCGUUCAGCUUGUCAGUUAAAUGUAAGGUUAUCUGAUGUGUCUUCAGAGCUGGUCAUCUGCUAAUCUGCGUUGUGGUUGCAUUUUGGGUGCGCAAGUCAAAAAGAUGACCUCUUCAGAUUGGCACCUGUCGUUAAAGCUGGUGGAUCAGCCCAAAUCCACCUUCCACUUCCCGGAGAUGAUGCCCGGGGACGUCCCACCAGGAGGAUACAGAGUGGCCACGUUAAAGCAGCUCGUAGCAGCCCAGCUUCCAGACUCGAUCCCAGAUCCUGAGCUAAUAGAGCUGGUUCAUUGCGGGAGGAAACUGAAGGAUGAUCUUACACUGGAUGCCUGUGGAGUUCUGCCAGGUUCCACCUUACACAUUCUCAAGAAGACGUGGCCGGAGCCAGAGGGCAACCCAGAGCCUGUUAACAGAGCAACAGCAGCCAGAGAGUUUAGAGUGUUUCACGCUGCGCUUCACUCGCUCAACUCUGCCUACAGAGACUCGGUUUAUAAAAUGCUGACAAACAAAGAGUCUCUGGAUCAGAUCAUCGUAGCCACUCCCGGGCUCAGGUCGGACCCUGUUGCUCUAGGAGUGCUUCAAGACAAAGAUCUCUUUGUACAGUUCACGGACCCCAACAUGCUGGACGUAUUAAUCAGUUCACAUCCGGCCCUGGUCAACGCCAUCAUCCUGGUCCUGCAUUCGGUGGCCGGCAGUAUGCCGGCCCAGUCCAUUGCCGGCUCCUCCCGAAAUGUUUCUGCCGGUUCUUACAGUGAUAUGCCAGGCGGCUUCAUGUUUGAAGGCAUGUCAGAUGAUGAGGAGGAAUUCCACUCGGGGAGUCCAGCAGGUCCCUCCAGCCGAGCCGGGCUCCCGGCAGGAAUGCGCCCCGUCUCUCUGGGCCACAGCGGAGCGACGGGGCCUCGGCCGAUAACGCAAAGCGAACUCGCAACGGCUCUGGCCCUGGCCAGCACACCCGACAGCAGCGCCGUUACCCCGACAACGACGAGUCAGAUGGACCCCUCCAGUGGCGCAGCCCCAAUGCCAGCUGGCACACCAGUCAGUAAUGAUCUCUUCAGCCAGGCUCUGCAGCAAGCUCUGCAGGCAACCAACAUGUCUGCUCUACAGGGCCGUUGGCAGUCCCAGCUGCAGCAGCUCAGGGACAUGGGGAUCCAGGAUGAGGAGCUGAUGCUGAGAGCGCUGCAGGCCACAGAUGGCGACAUCCAGGCUGCCCUGGAGCUCAUAUUUGCUGGAGGCCCCGGACUCUAAGCCCUUACCUCCCACCAGGACCCCCCUACGGACAGAACCCACAGUGGAGGAGAGAGCAGGAAAACAUCUGGCUCCCUGACUGCCAGCAAACGAGGACAUUUACGACUUGCACUGUGUGGUCGUCGUUGCUGUUGCACCGUUUGGUUUUAAUCAGCAGUUCAAAUUACGCUCCACAGAUUGUACAAACUGAUGACCAUGUUGAUUUGAUUGAUCAUUUCUACAAAUGUGAAUGCGCUAUAAUAAAACUGUUUAAAACUA